AUGUCAGCAAAAAUGAUAGGUCUUUUGGUCCUCCCUCCUGCCCUCUAUUCCCCUCUCAUUCCCUCUCUUCUACUUUCAUCCUCUCGUCCCCUCUCCAGCCCUCUAUUCCCCUCUCAUCCCCUCUCAUGCCCUCUCAGCUCUCUCAUCCUAUCUCAUCCCGGGUCCUGCACUCUAUUCGUCUCUCGUUCCCUCUCAUCCUCUUCCAUCCUCUCCCAUCACCCCUCCACGCCCUAUUCCAUUCGCAAUCCCUCUCCUCCACUUCCAUCCUCUCUCAUCCCCUCUCCUGCCCUCUAUUCCCCUCUCGUUCACUCUCAUCCUCUCUCAUUCCUCCUCUUCCCCUUCCAUGCUUUUUCAUCCACUCUCCUGGCCUUUAUUCCUCGUCUUUCAGCCCCUUUAAAGGCUCAUUCUUCCCCUGUCAUCCCUCUCCUGCCUUCUAUUCCCCUCCCAUACCGUCUCCUCUCCUUUCAGCCCCUUGAAUCCCCUUUCAUCCCCAGUCAUCCUUCUCGUCCCCUCUCGUCCUCUCCCAUUCAGAGUUCUGCCCUCAUUCCUCUCUCCACAUACAUCCUCUUUCAUCCUCUCUCGACCGUACUCAUCCCCUCUCAUCCCCUUUCCUCCUUUCCCGUACCCUCACAUGCCUUCUAUCCCCCUUUCAUUCCCUCUCAUCCCCUCUCGUCCUCUCUCGCCCCCUCUCCAGGCCCUCUCCUCUCAGUACCUCUCGUCCUCUCUCGUACACUCUCCUGCCCUCUGAUCCACUCACUAUCCCUCUCAUCACCUCUCAUCCCCUCUCACCCCCUUUCAUCCUUUCUCGUCCCCUAUCCUGCCCUUUUAUUCCCCUCACUUUCACUUGCUUCACUUCUCAUUCCCUUUCAUCCUUUCUCUUCCACUCUCCUGCCAUAUAUGCCCCUCACUUUCCUGCUCAUUUCCCUCUCCUCCCCUUUCAUUCCCUUCCACCCCCGCUCAUCCACUCUCCUGUCACUUGCAUCAUUUCUUGUACCGUCCCCUGCUUUCUAUUCCCCUCUCAUUCUCUCUUAUCCCCCUUCAUCCUCUCUCAUUCCCCUCUCCUGCCCUCCCCUCUCAUUCCCUCCUAUCCUCAUUCAUCCAUGCCCUCUCAUCCCCUCUCAUCUUCAUGCAUCCCCUCUCAUCCCCUCUCAUCCCCUCUCGUCCCCUCUCACCUUCAUGCAUCCCCUCUCAUCCCCUCUCAUCCCCUCUCAUCUUCUCUCAUCUUCAUGCAUCCCCUCUCAUCCCCUCUCAUCUUCAUGCAUCCCCUCUCAUCCCCUCUCAUCUUCAUGCAUCCCCUCUCAUCUUCAUGCAUCCCCUCUCAUCCCCUCUCAUCCCCUCUCAUCUUCAUGCAUCCCCUCUCAUCCCCUCUCAUCUUCAUGCAUCCCCUCUCAUCUUCAUGCAUCCCCUCUCGUGACCUCUAUUUCCCUCUUUCUUAUCCCCUUUCUUCCUCUCUCAUUCCGUUCGCACAUCCCUCACCUCUAG